AUGGGCGAUUUCAGUGCUGCCGGGGACGGCAUCAGUGCUCACUAUGAAGGAGCCUCAUUGAGCAUGAAGAUCACGAUCGCCACUCUUGCUGGCAUCACUUGGUACAAUGCUUUAGAGUUAUUGAUCCUUCUCUUCGUCACCUUCGCAGAAUACAGAGGACUCUACUUUUGGAGUUUGUUGAUUUCCUCCUCCGCCGGUCUACUUCCCUACUCGCUAGGCUUCUUACUCAAAUUUUUCAACCUCAACCUGGACAUUCCAUGGCUCCCAGUCACCUUUCUCACAAUUGGAUGGUGGUGUAUGGUCACCGGCCAAUCGAUUGUCCUCUACUCACGCCUCCAUUUGGUCCUAUCAAACCACCGAGUCCUACGUCGCGUGUUGAUCAUGAUCAUGGUUAACGCAGUUAUCCUUCAUCUUCCCACUACCGCCCUCACCUACGGUACCAACCUGGUCUACAACGAGCCCUCCCUAGAAACAUGGAAGAAGGGCUACAAUAUAAUGGAAAAGAUCCAAAUGACAGGCUUCUGUCUGCAGGAAUUCAUCAUCUCAGGCCUCUACAUCUGGGAAACAGUACGCAUGCUACGCCUAGACCCAGACCGUACCAAACGCAAGAUUCAGUACCAGCUACUGGUCAUCAACUUCAUCAUUAUCAUCCUAGACCUGGGUCUUCUCGUCGCCGAGUACAUGAACUUCUACAUCAUGGAAACAAUGCUCAAAGGCGUCGUAUACAGCAUCAAGCUGAAGCUUGAAUUCGCCGUCCUCGGUAAACUCAUUCACCUGGUACAUAACCACGUCUGGAAACCAGAGUCUUUCUCUGCGCCACGCGACCUCCCCGAUUUCGUCGACGCAACCCGGGUCACCUCCGACGUGACCCACGCCGUCCCGAGUGUCAUCCAUCGCAGACCUUCCCGCAUGGAUCCAGAGGACGUUUCUAUCGCCAUCUUCGAGCAUUUACCACCCGACCGCAUACGAACCAAUUCCGAUCUCUCACACACGUGGAGCAACGAGGCCCGCGCCUAUCAUGUCGAUCACCUCCCAAUCGACUUCACAAAUCCAUUCUACCAUUAUCCACGGCAACAAACUCGUCGCGAAAUGCCCGAGAAACCAGGAUGA